AGUCUCCUAGUCCACUAUCAUCAGUUGCUCAUUCCAGCAAUUCGACCAUAACAGCUCCUGUUUUAGAAACAAAGCAACAUUAAUAAUCACAACAUGGUCAAAUUCACUAUUGCUUUGGUUUCCCUGAUGAUAGCCAGUACGGUUGCCACUACGGCCAGCGACCAAUAUUCUUACAAGAGAGGAAGCUACAGUUACGAUGAUUCCUCAAUUUCUGAUACGGCCCACAAGGCACCCACUUACGGUUACGAUAAGAAAUCCAACAAUAGCUACCAACCUUCUACUGAAUACAACAAGAAAUCAAGCUACGGUUAUCCCUGGAAACCUAUCUAUGGCUAUCAAGCAGCUUCUUACGGUUACGACAAGAAACCUAGCUACGAGUACAGCCCUCCGUCUUAUGGUUACGACAAGAAACCAAGCUACGAGUACAGUCCCCCGUCUUACGGUUACGACAAGAAACAUAGCUAUGAAUACCAACCUUCUUCUUACGGCUAUAGUAAGAAACCGAGCUACGAGUACAGCCCACCUUCUUACGGAUACGACAAGAAACCUGGCUAUGAAUACCAACAAACUCCUUAUGGUUAUGGUAAGGCAGCUAGCUACGAAUACAGCCCUCCAUCUUACGGUUACGACAAGAAGCCUAGCUACGAAUACCAACCUUCUUAUGGAUACCAGCACCAAAAGUCAAGAUACGAAUACAGUCGUCCCUCUACUUACGGCUACGAAGCCAAGCCCAGCUACGAAUACCAGCAGCCUUACGGUUACAAUAAGAAACCAGAAAGCUACGAAUACAGCCCUUCGUCUUACGGAUACGAAAAAUACGAGAAACCCAAAUCUUAUGGUACAGUCUACUCUGCUGCCUCCUACUGAAACAUCGACCAACCUGGCCAUCAAUAAUAUUUAAGCAAACUCCCCACCGUAAUAAUUAUGAAAUAUCAGUAAGGGUAAGCUACGACGAACUCAUCUGUAUGUAAUAUGACAAAUACAAGAUCUGACUUUAA